AUGCCUCAAAAGUCCUACAUGAGUCCCGGGCCUUCUCGGGCGCAAUCUCAGGAGUUAGGAGGAUCUUCGAGACCCUACCGGUUCAGAAGAUCUCGUAGUUCCUCGACUGGUAUCUUCUCUCCUCUCGGAUUGAUCUUCACCACCAGCAUGGAGGUCGAAAAGUCGACAUCUACUCCUCAAGGAAUCAAGAGCGUCUUCGCGGCUGGAUUUCACCAGCUUUUGCAUGUUGACCAGUCUCAUAACGAAGAAGCUGUUCGACAUCAUGUAUGGAGUAAUGACGACCUUGAUCCUACACCUCCUAGUAGACGAACUUGGACAGCGUGGAACUUCUUCGGCUUCUGGAUGGCUGAAAGCUGGAAUACGUCUGUGUGGAGUGUGGGAAGCUCAAUGGUUGCUUCAGGUCUCUUGUGGUGGCAUGCGUUCGUAGCUGUCCUCUUUGCGCAUCUCAUAGCUAGCGCUGUGACCAUUAUUCAUGGGCGAGCGGGCUCCAUGUAUCACAUCGGUUAUCCUGUCCAGGUUCGGGCUACUUUUGGGAUGUGGGGUUCAUAUUGGCCCGUUUUUUCGCGCUCUAUUCUUGCGGUAAUCUGGUUCAGCGUCCAGUCGUACUUUCUGGGACAGUUCAUCGACGUCUGCUUCCGUUGCGUCUUCGGCAGCGGAUGGACUAACCUCCACAACGGUCUAUCGGCAUCAGCGGGCAUCACCACAAGGGAGUUUGUGGCCUACUUUCUGGGCUGGUUGAUGCAGCUUCCCUUGUGCUUCAUCCGACCUCAUAACAUCAGAUGGCUGUUCAGUGUCAAGGCCGUCGUGAUGCCCUUUGCUUGCUUUGGACUCUUUAUUUUCACUGUCGUGCGAGCGAAGGGCCCGGGAGACUUCCAGCUUACCGCAUCAACGGGGGACUCCACCGCGCUGGCUUUCGCCAUUCUUAACGGCAUGAACUCUGCUAUCAAUGGCGAUUUUGGACCUCUUAUUACCUCGGAGCCGGAUAUUAGUCGAUAUGCCAGACGACCCCGUGAUCAAAUCUUGGGUCAAGCUUUGAGUGCCCCCUGGGCCAACACUGUCGUUGCGCUUCUGGGGAUCAUUGCUGCUUCAGCCAGCGCCAAGAUCUACGGUACACCCUAUUGGAAUCCGUACCUGCUUCUCGGCGCAAUACUCGACGAAAAUCCAGUACCCAAGACCAAAGCUGCCGUAUUCUUCUGCUCGUUUUCCUUUGCUUUCGGCCAGCUCGGGACCAACGUUUCCGCUAACCUCAUCCCGUUCGGUGCUGAUGGUUCGGCGCUCUUCCCACGAUACAUCAAUAUCGUUCGAGGACAAUUCAUCUGUGCAGCCGUGGGCUUCGCCAUAGUUCCGUGGCUCAUUCUCACUUCAGGAGCUACGUUCUUGCAGUUCAUCACGGGGUAUGGUAUUUUCGUUGCAAAUAUUGUCGCCAUUAUGAUUGCAGAUUACUACUUUAUCUCCCGUGGCAACAUUGUCAUCAGCGAUCUAUACACGAGCGAUCCGGCUGGACGAUACUGGUACACUGGUGGUUGGAACUGGAGAGCUUACGCCUCCUAUUGCGUCGGUCUCGCACUCGCUUUUCCGGGACUAGUCGGGAGUCUAGGUGUAGAACGUCUUGCCGUGGUCACAAGCCCUGCCUACAAGAUGUUUUCCUUCGGGUGGAUCCUUUCCUUCGUGUCAGCAGGAGUUGUGUAUACCACCAUCAGCAAGAUAUUUCCUCCACAGGCAGCUAUGGAGUUCAAGACGCUCGGUUUCGAAGAACUUUCUCCAGAGAAGGGACAUGGUGGUCAGAGCGGGAUCACGGAUAUGGUUGAUGCAGAGUCUACCUCCGACAUCGGGGUAGACGCGAAGGGCCGGGGGAAAGCGGGUGACUUUGAAACUACCGUCCACGCCGUACAGUAG